CAGCAUAAGCAUCAACAACAACAGCAGCAGCAACAGCUAUGGGCUCAGAUACAGGCUGCUUUUGCUCGACCAUCCGACAGCCCCCAUCAAUUUUGCUCUCAGGACCAGAAAUAUCCGCGGCACCAGCAUAAUAAUGAUAAUAAUACUAUCAAUAAUAAUAACAAUAAUAACAAUAAUCAGCAGCAGCAGCAGCAACAGGCAGCAAAGGCCUCGAUUGUCGAACAUGUCGGUGAUGAAGCGCUGGACAGAAGACGAGUAAGAGGCCUUUCUGCCAGAUCCGACUUGUCGAGGGCUGGAAAGCAGACGAGUUACUGUGGCAACAGAGGUCGCCUGUUGCCAAGUGAGGAGCUGGAAUCUGAGGGUCCGGUAGCCGAGGGAGGAGAGGCAGACUUGGUGGACACGGCGAAUUGUUGUCGAGUUCACGAAUCUGACGGUAGACGGUCACAUCGAGCCUCGCGGGUAGAUCUCUGCCGAGGUCCGGGCCUUCAGUCGAGCCGACUGGCGACCGGCAGUUCUCCUCUACAUUCCAAUAAUCUUCAUCGCUCACCGACAUGCCAACAUGACAGCGAGUUUACUGUCUCCAUGGCUCCCGGCUCGCUUUGGGACUCGAGCAGAGAGAGCCAAUUGAUGCUGGCCCCUCCACAACCGACCGAUGCCUCAGACGUCUACCCAGCACCGAUUUUGGAUGGUGAUGAUCCCAAUGGUACCAGUAAUCCCGAUUAUGCCGGCAUGUUUUCGUCACAUGCUCGACUUCACACGCACUUGCAGAGGCACCGAGUCCCCUCACAAACCAGUCAAUUGCACGCCGGCCAGUCAGACUAUCCUCGACACAAUCAGCACCAGCCUCAGCAUCAGCAUCAGCAUCAGCAUCAGCAUCAGCGCCAGGAUCAGCGUAAACAGCAACUUUAUCCAGACUCGCAGGACGAGGCGCCGGGCUCGAGGGGAUCUGGAUUUUUGGAAGCUGUGCAAAGUGAUGUUUGCAUUCUGCGUCGGCAUAGCGACAAUCCGUGCGGUCCUUUGCACUUCAACAGUCUGAGGCCGAUUUGUGGCCAUCGAGACGAAUCGCUGGCGCCCCACAUUCACUACUUGCACGGUGAGGACAAAGGGCAGAUGCGCCCCAUAUCGGUGCUGUAUCAAUCGCAGAGUUCGGAUGGACAGCAACAGCCUCGGCCUGCCGAUUUCUGUCGACAAUACCAACAGACCAUCAGUCUGGAGCCGUCUCUCAGAGGAAGAUCCGCCUCCUCGCAUUGGCCCUGCCGACAGCCGUUCGGCAAGGCCGUCCUGUCGCCUGGCAACCGGGAAUUGGGUUGCCUUGUCCCUGCGCCGUCGGACGCCCAGUCAAGCCGCGAUCGAGGCGGCCUCGGCCACGUCCAACCGGUCGAGGAGGUGGGCAAUUUGCGUUCGGCCACGGCUCAUCUGCCCUCGAGAAGGGGCGGCCAACGGCGGCCCGACUCCGCCAGUCCGCUGUACCCACGGGCGGGAGCAGGCAGUCCCGGCAGUCCGAACAGCCCAACCUCGGCACGUGGGCCCGUUUCAGCCGAGGCGGGCCGACGCCUCCGCCGCCACGGCAGCCUCUACGCCAGCCGCCUCGGCCGCGACGUCUGGCCGGAGCCGCGUCGGUCCGGCCCUCCGACUGGCGGCGGUGACGGCCAAUCAGCGUCUCCGCCGGACUCGAGUCGCCACGGCCUAGUCGGUCCCACUCAGGCGGCUGGGCCGGCUCGCUCGGGUCAGCCGCCAUCCCAUUGGCUCGCGCAGCCCGGCCUCACGGCCUGGCGCUAUUCGCACCAUCUCAAGCCGUUGGACGCCAAUUGGAUGAUGCAUCGGCACUCGCAGAGCCUCGAGGCCGUCGGCGCGGCCGGCUUCAGCGCCUGCGCCCAAGCGGCGCCGCCUUCACACGCGCCGCAGCCGGCACAACCGGCGCCCCCGAUGACGUCAUUGGCGGCCAGAGUCCGAGUCCCGUUCGGCCGGCACAGUGUGGAGGAGGAAGCCAAUGCGCUGGGGAGUGGCGCGAGCGCGGUCAGUUGGACCGAGUGCCGACAGCCGCGGGCCGGAGCCAGUCUAGUGCUGCGUCGUGGCGGCCGGCCCCUCGAAUCCGUCGAGAUUGGACCCGAGAGUGAGCAGACGUCAUCACAACCGGCCAGCCAAUCACCGGCUUCCCGACGCAAUUCACCCUCGUUUCUCACCAAAGCCUGGUGCGCCAAUUCUGGUCGUCUCACCAACUUCUCGCGCCUCCUCACCUCGGCCUCGUCGCUGGAGCGCGGCCAGCCCCUCCUCAUGGAGCCGGAUCCGCCCAGUCUGCAGGCCUGGCCCUGUCCGAGGCCGUCAAGGCCGGCCGCCAUGUCAACGCAUCAGCACCACCUACAGACGCGAGGACACGUGGCACGUCACCAACCGCUGCGUCCGCCCUCCAACCGCCAUUUCGCUCACGGCGUCUCUCCGCAUCGGCCGGCCCAUCUGGCCGCGCCCAGCAACCUCGUUCUGCUCGGCGCGCCUCAGCCGGUGCGAAACACACCCGCUGCCCUCCUCGAGCCAAUUCAGGGUCUCGCAUUUGCCGCCUCCAAUCGGCGAGCCGCAAGCUUCGGACCCACCGGUCCUCUCUUUCCCCUCGGACGCAGCGUGCCAGAGUCGCCAAGAUGCACGGACGCCGCGUCUGUCGUCUGCCCGACGCCCGUCCAACAGUCGCGUAAAGUGCACAGUUUCGACUUUGAGCAGACGACACGCGGCCUGCCUUUGGGUCUCGCACGCAUCAACAACCCUCGUUACAGCCCAGCUUCGCUGACGCUCAACUGUUCCACGUCGUCGCCCUACGGCCUCUACUUGAGUGGAGGCGGAUCCUCAUGCAAGGCCUCGUUCGACGCCGGCAGUGCAGCCCUGCCGGCUGCCGGCGUCUCCGAGGCAACGCAGGAAUGUGGAGGCGAGGCAAUCGGUGUCCUGGGCGACGUAGAAUCGCCGUUGAUUGUCUGUCGUUUUGGCGGGUCUUGUGAUUCCGCCGUCUCUUCAGUCGCCGGUCUGUCUGACAUGAUGUUGUUGGGCAACAAAAAUUUGAUCAUUCCACCAGACGUCAUUUUGAGCCCAGCCUCACGACGUGUCUCAGCCGUUGGUGACGACCUCGACGCACCGGCCGUGCAAGCGGAUCUGGUUCGAGGUCUGUCAUUGCGUAGUCUGGCUCGACAAGAGUGCAUCUACGACGACGACGACUUGCCGCCAAGGCGAUCGGCUGCGGCGUUCGACGAAGAGACGAGAUCGUCACCGGCUCCUGAAGACGACGACAAACAGACAGUCAGUCUGAAGCAGAGCGACCUCGGCUUUGAGAUGCUGCGUCACGAGGCCGCCGCCACUACUGCUGCAUCUGCUGCUGGUGCUGGUGCUAAUGAUGAUGGGGAGGACGAUGAUGCUGAUGAUGACGAUGACGAUGACGAAGAAGAGGAGGAGGAGGAGGAAGAUGUGCCCGAGGCGCCAGUGUCCAGCUACUACCAUCGGAGGAUAGAGUCGCGCGGCAACACGGGUCGAUACGAGGCAGAAAGGUUAAAGGUCGAGGGUAGCGCACAGCAGCGAGGUUUGUCGGUGACACAUGCGUGUAUGAGCCAUACCGGUUUCCACGAAACCCCGGGGCCGACUGGCCUCGGUGAUGGGGAGGCUGGUCUCCGGCUGGAGACGUCGGAGACGGAUGAGUCUCUGCUCGAGACGCAUCUGCUGCCGGGUGGCUUAACAUGUACAGAUUGGCGGUUGGUGGAGGAGAAGGGAUCACCACGUGAUGUAGCCGAGUCUGUAGACGUGUCUGCUGGCCGACGUGAGCCCUGCCAGUCGGUUGCUGGGUCCUCGGUCUCGGAGGCCAGAUAUCGAGGCAACAUUCGACUUGCGGGUGCCUCCGUAGAGAUGACGUCAUCAGGUCUGUCUGGUCGACGUCUGCCGGCCGACGCCUCGAGCGGACUGCCGCCUCGAAGCCCGCAUCAACCAUGGCUCGGUGGGGUCUUUAACUUUAGCGACGAGAGCACCAGUGUUGCCAUGGCACCAGACGAAACGUUGGCCAGUCGUAGGUGGGAUCGUCACAUCGGUGGCGAUGAUCGAGUAGAGAUGACAACAAUGACUGCCGAGGCUGCGAAUCGCCCACCGGCGAAACAGGUAAAGACGAGCCGAGAAGCGCGAAGAGGCAUCUUUUUAGUGCUGCAACAGCGGCGAAAUCAGCGCCUCCCCUCGCAUGAAGACACUAGCCAGGACAGUCUAGAGACGCUGGAACCAGAAGCGAGUGGAGGUAUUGUCGGUAUGCGACUACGACGAGAGACCGUCGCAGCCACGACAACGUCUCAGACAACCUCAUCCUUCGACUCGGCCACUACGACAACAGGUCCUGACUACAAUUGCCCCCAUCAGCUGAACGAGGUGAUCUCGAGUCGAGGCUCGACCUCACGAUCUCGAUCAUCCGACGAGCAAAUCAGUUCGCCCAGCCUCGGGGCUACAGUCCCAUUCGUCGGCCUCCGAGUUAACGAGAUGCAUCCAAUCAAGCGUCUAUCGGCCAGACAAUGGAGAUCGCAUGGAUGCGACUCAUCAGUCGGUGUCUCGUCUGCCGACCGAUUCGACGGAUCUCGACCAACGGUGAUCAUUUCGGCCGAAAAACGCUCGGAUAACAACAACUCCCUCCUUCACAGGGCUCAUUCAAAGCCCAUCUCCGGGGCGAUGGAUGCGAUGUGGAGACAUGGCCAGAAAUUUCGCUCCAUGAGUCAGUCCCGACUGGAAGAGCUCGAGCCUGGCAACAUCGGGCCCUGUCUGUCUGCGGACACCACCAGACCCGACGCUCAACAGCCACAAACCCUGUCCGCCGGCCAUCCGGUAUCCACGCGACCAGCCAACCCACUCGGAGAUCGUUCUUCCCAACUCGGCUCGCAGGCCAUCACUGCGGCCAAGUGUCUGAUGAAGAAGACGGCGGCCAAGAUUCUUCCAACCCGCGAAUCCAAUCAGUCCGGCUUCGCGGUAACCGGGCCGCCAAAUGUCUGGACUUUUCGGGCUGAAACGAAUGAAGCACAUGAUCCCGUUCCACCCGGUGGAUCAGGCUCAUUCGUGACGGAAACGCUGGCCGACUUGCGUCCACCGGUCCGGCCGAAAGGGAAGAAGCACAAAUUCAAGCGCGACUAUUCAAUUGAUGAGUAUUCCAAUGCACUUUUCAACGCUUUCCUACAAAACGAUCCACAUCUCGACAAGACUGUCAUGCAGGCCGAGACGAAGCGGCGACUUCGCAGCCAACGUGCUCAAAUGGCCAGCGCCACGUUGGCGGACAAGCAGAGUCCCCAUGACAGUCUCGAGGCUGGCAACACGCGAAUUUCCAACAACUCGGCGGACAAAGGCGAGGCUCAAAGCGAUUCGCGCAAAGUCGAGGCCGAAAAGCGCAGCUUCAGCCUCGAUCCUCCUCUGAAGGAGGGUCUGCGCGCCAAAAUACGCCUCACCAAAUCGGGAUUCGACGCCUCGCCUCUGCCAACUCGCCCUCGAGCACCUUUUAGGGCCGCCUCGACCAGAGGACUGGGACCCUUCCUAAAGCGCUCAUAG